CUUUCGAAAGUAAAUCUGGUUGCAUAGCCCAAACUUGAAUACUCAUUUACUUGUUGUGAUAAAUGAGGACUGGAACACAAACAAUCGAGAACCAAAUCGGGAUACCCUAACCGUACCAUCUCUCACCCAAAGAGUAGUAGCCCAAUUCUGUAAUUCCGCAACCUUAGGUUGAGCUCUGGCGAACUGACCUAUCAAAGAGUCGUGCCCUCGUUCCUCACCUAUACAUUUUCUUCAGUUCUCUAGGGAGGUGAAAUCCAUCAUUGACACGAUUAUGAAGCUGAUAAUGCAUUCGGUUCUCAGGAGUUGUGUUGAACAAUUGAGCUCACGUACUCCCCUUACUGAUCUCCCAUCGUAGGGGUGGAAUCCGACGACGAGGAUGCCAACGCGAAAUCGAGAGCUUUCUAGUGAGGGAAAUUUAGAGAGAGAGGAGAGAGAUAAAUGAUUUUCAGUCAAAAGUAAUAUGAUCAAAUGUCAAUAGCCUAUGAGAGUUUUUGCUGGCAGAAAUCCAGAGUAUCAUGGUUAACAAUUGGGGAUAAGUGCUCUAAUUUCUUUUACCAAGCAGUGAAAAUACGCAAUUCCAAAAGGCAAUUAGAAAGCUAGUGAAGGAGUCAGGGGAAGAGGUUUAUCAAACUGACCAGAUUGUUGACGAAGUGAUUGGUUUCUAUAAGAAGCUUUUGGGAGAGACAAAUUUAGAGAUCAACCCUAGUGAGGAGGAGGUACAACAGCUGGUUCAGCACCAAAUCCCCCAAGCUAAGUAUGCAGAUUUGAUUAAGAUGAUUACAGUUGAGGAAAUACGAAAUGUGGUUUUUAGCAUGAGCUCUCAAAAGGCCCCAGGCCCUGAUGGGUUCUCUGCAGGGUUAUUUCAAGAAGAUUUGGGGUAUUAUAGGAGAUGAUGUGUCCAGAGGGAUUCUCUUCUUCAUCGAUUCAGGCAAUCUUCCUAGUGGUAUUAACUCCACAACGGUUUCUUUACUGCCCAAAGUCCCAAAUGCUGAUUCCCUUAGGAAUUUUAGACCUAUAUCUUGUAUAAAUCUCCUAUACAAGAUCAUUGCUAAGAUUCUGGCUAAUAGAAUUAGGGGGAUAAUGCCUCUGAUUAUAAGUAAUUCCCAGUCUGCAUUUAUUCAAGGAAGGAGUAUCAUGGAUAAUAUACUUUUGGCUCAGGAGUUAGUAAGUGGGUAUAACAGAAAGUGUCUCUCAUCUCGUUGUGCUAUCAAAAUAGACAUAAUGAAGACAUUCGACUCAGUCAACUGGAGGUAUUUAUUCAUCAUGAUGAAAACUAUGGGGUUCCCUGAGAAAUUUUUACUGUGGAUCGGGAGCUGCUUGCAAACUUCUCAUUAUAGCAUCAAUAUAAAUGGCAGUCUCUGUGGAUUUUUUCGCGCUAGGAAGGGUGUUCGUCAGGGUGAUCCUUUAUCACCAUAUCUCUUUACAAUAGCUAUGGAAGGUUUGUCUACAAUAUUGAAGGAAGCUAGUCUGUCAGGGGGGUUACCAUUCCAUCCUCAAUGUAAGAAGGUUGCCCUGAAUCACUUGUGCUUCAAUGACAAUCUUCUUAUCUUUACUAAAGGCCUGCACAGGCAAUACUGCAGGUCAAAACUGUUCUGCAACAAUUUUAUAGGAUCUCGGGUCUUAAUUGCUAUCCAGCCAAAUGUGAAGUUUACUUUGGUAGUGAAUCAGUGCUGUACAAAAGUAAUGCCCUUGCUCUUACUGGUUUUCAAGAGGGAAAAUUACCGCUUAGGUAUAUGGGAUUGCCUCUCCUGGCUGGCAAACUCUCGUCCACAGAAAUUGAUAUACUGGUUGAGAGGAUCACCAAACGCAUCAAGUCCUGGCGAGCUAGGAAACUCAGCUAUGCAGGGAGGCUCCAACUGCUGAACUCUGUACUUCUAGGCAUAGUUCAAUAUUGGAUGCAGUUGUUCAUUCUGCCUAAGCAAGCUCUAAAAAGGAUUCAAAAGAUAUGUUCUCAAUUCUUAUGGCAUGGUAUUGAUGAAGGCAAGGCAAAAGUGGUCUGGGAGUAUGUAGCACUUCCUAAACAGGAAGGGGGGUUGGGAGUGAAAGACUUGGGUGCUUGGAAUCAGGCAUGCUCCAUCCGUUUGCUAUGGCAUUUUCUAAUGAACUCUGGGACUCUAUGGGUUGCAUGGAUGAAUGAGUAUAAGUGCAGAAAGCAGGAUCUGUGGUCGUUCCGAGUGCAAUAUAGCAGCUCCUGGGCCUGGAGGAAGCUACUUAAAUUGAGAAAUGUGAUCUCCCCUUGGAUGAAGAAGCAAAAUGGCACUGUUUUCUGGGAAUCAAAUGAGAUGGCGGUUUACUCAGUUCGUAGGGUAUGGGAAACCUUGAGAAUCAGGGCUCCUAAAGUCUCUUGGUAUAAUCUUGUCUUAAAAUUUUGCAAUAUACCAUAUCACAUUCGUUUCGUUAUCACUGUCAUGUUAUGAAUUUAUCAUUAUUCUAAUAUCAUUACAUGAUAGUGGUAUGAUGGUGUUGCAAGUCUUACUGUGGUGGAAAUAUAAUAGUAUAAUAGUGGUGAGAUAAGAUUAUAUGAUAUUACCAUAGUUGUGUGAUGUUGGUAUGAUAGUGGUAAGAUAGUAUGAAGUAUUAUCUUUGAGGGGAAAAAAAUUGAUGUCACAAUAUCACUGUGAUCAUAUCAAGACAUUAUAAUAAAGUGAUAAUAUCAUGAUAUAAUGAUACUGUGAGUAGGACCGUAGUGGUAAGAUUAUGAUAUGAUAGUGAUAAGAUUAUAGCAAACAUGUAUUUGAAAGGAUAAUUUAUCUCGUUUGUCAAAAUAUAGUAAUAUAGAUGUCAUUAUGUAACUCAUAAUUAAUAUGAUGUUCUUUUUAUGCAAAAGUUUUAAAUCUUAGUUAAAACAGGAAUGAGAAUUGUUAUUCGUCGCCCUAAAAUUUGUUAUUUGCCAUCCUAAAUAUAUUAAAUUUAUUUUAAUGUCCUUAAGUCAUUUAUUUGUCUUUCAAACACUUAAAUCCAAGUCCGGCCUCGCAAACAGCCUUGAAUUCGGAAAAAGUGCACAAAUUUCUUAGGAGGUAACAAAAGGAGAGUUGUACACAACUUAAUAUUGGUACAAUUGGUCAUCUGCAUCUUAAUGAGCUUGAAAUCUUCAAGCGUUAUGCCAUUGUCUUUGUAGCAAGGAAAGAGCAUAAAGCAAACCACAGAAUCUGAUCAAUGAAAAAACACAACAAGAACAGAACCAAGGAACAAGCCAUAGGAAGUUGCGGAUUCGGGUGGGGGAUUGGGUGGGGGACCGGGGUGGGGUGGGAUGGAUGGAGGGGCGAUUGGAAGCGACGGUGGCAGAGGUGGGUGUAUCAUCCGGUAAAGUUUAGGGCGAUAAAAUUUAAAUUUUAGA